AACGCAAUUGCGGCACGGCCACACUGUCCCAAAGAAAAACAAAGUUUGUUAUGAUUUUACUGCGGGAAUUGUAUAUGAAAUGUGCCAUUUGACGACCUGAGGAUGCGUCUGCGCCGUCGCUGGCCGCGAAGGAUGCGGCGUGCCAUGGAACAACUGCGACUGCAGUCCCGCCGGAAGCUGCUGGCGCUCAUGAUGACUGGAGGACUCUGCCUGGUUAUCUGGACAGUUGCCAAGUAUUUCUCCGCAUCGGAGAAUGGUGAAACCGGCAACUUCAGCAGCUCCUGCACUGCCAUCGAUGCGGUUUACACGUGGGUCAAUGGCACGGAUCCCACCUUUAUUGAGGACAUCCGCCGAUUCGAUUCCAAGUACGAUCCCUCGCGGUUCGAUGACAAGAAUGAACUGCGGUACUCUUUGAGAUCCCUGGAGAAACACGCCGCGUGGAUCAGGCAUGUCUACAUAGUAACCAAUGGUCAGAUUCCCAGUUGGCUAGAUCUUAGCUACGAAAGGGUCACGGUGGUGCCCCACGAAGUGCUGGCUCCUGAUCCCGCGCAGCUGCCCACCUUCUCCAGCUCGGCCAUCGAAACGUUUCUGCACCGCAUACCCAAACUGUCCAAGAGAUUCCUCUACCUGAACGACGACAUAUUCUUGGGAGCGCCGCUGUACCCAGAGGACCUGUAUACAGAGGCGGAGGGAGUUCGCGUUUACCAGGCAUGGAUGGUGCCCGACUGCGCGUUGGACUGCCCCUGGACUUACAUAGGGGAUGGUGCAUGCGAUCGGCACUGCAAUAUAGAGGCCUGCCAGUUUGAUGGAGGAGACUGCAGUGAAACUGGGUCAGCGAGCGAUGCCCACGGCCUCCCACCAAGCCAAGAAGUGCUUGAGGUGGAACCUGCCGCUGUUCCACAAGCAAGAAUCCACCGAUUUCCUCACUUGGGUCUUCAAAAGCUGUUCAGACGCAGCUCUGCUAACUUUAAGGAUGUCAUGCGGCACCGCAAUGUGUCCACACUCAAAGAACUUCGUCGCAUUGUAGAGCGCUUUAAUAAGGCCAAACUCAUGUCAUUGAAUUCCGAAGUGGAGUCUUCCAGCUCCGAACCACUGACAACACAGCGCCACGGGCUGCACAAGGAGGAUUUUAAGUCUUCCACCGAUAUUUACUCCCACUCGCUGAUUGCCACCAAUAUGUUGCUAAAUAGAGCCUAUGGCUUUAAGGCGCGCCAUGUUCUGGCGCACGUGGGCUUUCUAAUCGACAGGGAUAUAGUGGAGGCAAUGCAGCGCCGAUUUAAGCAGCAAGUUUUAGACACUGCCCAUCAGCGCUUCCGCGCCUCCACAGAUUUGCAGUACGCAUUUGCUUACUACUCCUUUCUGAUGAGCGAAACCAAAGUAAUAAGCGUGGAGGAGAUCUUCGAUGAGUUUGACACGGACGGAUCGGCCACCUGGUCGGAUCGAGAGGUGCGCACCUUUCUCACUCGCAUCUAUCAGCCGCCACUCGACUGGUCGGCCAUGCGCUACUUCGAGGAGGUGAUUCAAAACUGUACUAGAAAUCUGGGCAUGCAUUUAAAAGUGGACACAGUCGAACACUCCACUCUUGUCUACGAACGAUAUGAGGAUUCUAAUUUGCCUACAAUAACAAGAGAUUUGGUUGUACGAUGUCCACUUCUGGCUGAAGCUUUGGCGGCAAACUUCGCUGUCCGACCCAUGUAUAACUUCCAUAUCAGCCCAAAAAGAACUUCGCACAGCAACUUUAUGAUGCUCACAUCGAAUCUCACGGAGGUCGUGGAAUCACUAGACCGAUUGCGUCGGAAUCCGCGCAAGUUCAACUGCAUCAACGACAAUCUGGAUGCCAAUAGAAGCGAAGACAACGAGAUGGUGCGCCAUCUGCUCGAGGACUUUUACCUCUCCUUCUUUCCGAGACGCAGCAAGUUUGAGCUGCCGCCGCAGUAUCGCAAUCGGUUCGAGUCUUGGCAGGACUUUCAGCGCUGGAAGAGAAGAAAGCGGGCCGUCCUGGUGAUUGGGUAUGGAGUGAGUCUGCUGCUGGUUGUCUGUCUGCUGCGAUUUAUGUGCCACCACAAGGCUAAGUUAGUUAGGCGCUGUGUGCAGCGCUUGUAGGAAUCGUUUUCGGAAAGUUUUCUCUCUUCUGCAAUGUUGUGAUAUGUUGUAAAUUGGCCAUUUCCGCAAGACAUCAUAGUCAAAUCUAGUUGAAGGCCAUGUGUAAGGCUAUUUUUCUAGUUCUUUAGGUGCAUGCUAGAAGCUACGUUUAAGAAUAGUCGUUAGGAAUGGAUACGUAGUGAAAUUUUCUAGAAUAUUUUGUUGACAAGCUAUUGCAGUCGAACUGCUUUGUGUUCAGUUUCGUAACAUUUAAGUUUUUUUACUGAGCGGCGAUAGCUACUAUCUCUAAGUUUUGCUUUACUAUGAUAUUUGCUCUCCCAAAGUACUGAAUUACCAGAGGCAACUUUAAUGAUCUAAAACCUAGUUUAUUUUUGUUAAACAAAUAUAUAACUCGAACAUAUAAUAAUAUAUACAUAUGAAAUAA